AAUAAAGCCAUGAGAGCAACUUACGUAUACUAUUCAUUGAAAAGCAUGGAUUGUAAAAAGCUGUAAACGGACUUGGAGUGGAAAACAUCCUCAAACAAAACAAGAUAUCGAAAUGAUUGGGAAAAAAUGCAAAGUGUGCCAGGAAAAAGGAAGUCCAUCGGAGUUAACUCAGCUCUUCUCUUCACCAGACAAGCUCAAACUACCAUGCGAACAUCACCGUUAUACGCAUUACUACGAGAAUCAACAGACUACCUUCAACAACAAAACGUGAAUGGGAUCAACAUAACGUCCUCUAAAACAAGUCAUUCCUCUUUUGAUCCUGAACAUGGUUGUGAUCGCUUCAACGUCCGUAUAGAGUACUGUGGACAAAAUAUUGACUGUCAGAUCAUAUUUGAUCCAGUGGAUUGGCAAUUCCCUCCCGACAUUAUUCUUCCACCACCGCUGGAAACGGCGUUUACUGUGUAUCAAGUGGCAUCAGAUGAUUGGGAUAUCAGAGAUCGAACCUGUCUAUUCAAAUACAUGAUGCAACUACGCGAACUUUUCAUUCAAGAGGAAACAAAGCGCCUCUCCACGGAACACCCGGGUCAAUUGAACGAUACGGAUGCUCGAAAAAAGACAUAUUCUAUACCAUCGUCUCCAGAUACCCCCCAAUUACAGCCUUCGUUUAAUCAGACACCCGUAUCCAUCACCCCUGAACCGGUGUCUAUACAUCGUCAAGAGUUAAUGGCUGCCCUUUGCGAUGCAUUCCGAAAAGUGUGAUACUGUCCAAUACAAAUUUAUAUCCUUGUACGUCAACGUCCGGAUCCCUGAGCAUAUAUGGAAAAGGUUGAAAACAGAAUUA